GCGGUUUUCUCCGUAUCAUUGUUGAAACAAGACCACAGCCUGGCGGAUCCUGAAAGGCGUCACGUGACUCGGUUGUGGCAAGAUAACCACGCAACAAGAGAUGGAGAGGGAGGGAGGAAGAGAGGGAGAGCCUAGGAGGAGCCUGCUGCUAUAAGAUUCACUCCACGCCCCAUCAGUACCAAAACUUGCAGUCCUCCCACCCAUCCCCGAUCUCUCUCCAACGCGCGCGCACGCGUGAGCUUCACAAUUAGAUACUUCUAGCCGAGCUUGAAAGGUUCACAGGUGCAUCUCGGGUUACUGCUCGCUCCCUGCUGACUCGAUUAUGGUCACAAGCCCCGUGGUGCCAAGGUGGAGUCACCGCGCGUAUCUCGGAUCGGUGCGCUUCUCCAGGGGCUGGGAUGCGCACCGGGCACCUCUCGCUUCCUGCCGAGUUUCGGGUCUGAGCAGGAGACCAGCGCCGCCCCGGGGCGCAGGGAUAGGAGGAGCCAGUCGACCCGGAGCAGGAUGCCGGUGAUGAGAGGGCUGCUGGCCCCUCAGAACACCUUCCUGGACACCAUCGCCACCCGCUUUGAUGGCACCCACAGCAACUUUGUUCUGGGAAACGCCCAAGUGCAGUCGCUGUACCCCAUUGUCUACUGCUCUGAUGGCUUCUGCGAGCUCACAGGCUACGCCCGAGCUGAGCUCAUGCAGAAGAGCUGUGCUUGUCAUUUUCUGUACGGUCCAGAAACAAGCGACCGGUCAACGGCUCAGAUCCAAGGAGCUCUGGAUGACAGGCGGGAGUUCAAGACUGAGCUGGUCUUCUACAAGAAGGAAGGUACAAAGUUUUGGUGUCUUCUGGACAUUGUACCCAUUAAGAAUGAAAAGGGAGACGUGGUUCUAUUCCUUGUGUCCCACAAAGACAUCACUGACAAGAAGACAGAGCAGGAUCCUGAACAGGGACCCGACACUGACGAGGAGACGGGCUUGCAGGUGCAUCAGGUAUCUCGUCCCCCCGGCUUCAAUGCCAACCGGCGCCGCAGCAGAGCCGUUCUCUAUCAGUUGUCAGGACACCUUCAGAAACAAGACAAGAGCAAGAUCAAGAUCAACAAUAACAUGUUUGGGCAGAAGCCUCCCAUCCCAGAAUAUAAAGUAGCAGCCAUACAGAAAUCCCACUUCAUCCUGCUCCACUACGGAACCUUCAAAGCCGGCUGGGAUUGGUUGAUUCUGCUGGCCACCUUCUACGUGGCCGUCACAGUGCCCUAUAAUGUCUGCUUCAUAGUUGGUGGAGGACAGGAUGAAGGCGGCAGCAGCGCCCUGCGCAGUCCACCCAGCAAAUGCGACAUCCUCGUAGAGAUUCUGUUCAUUUUAGACAUCUUGUUAAACUUCCGGACGACGUACGUGAGUACAUCAGGUCAGGUGGUCUACGAUGCACGCUCCAUCUGCGUUCACUAUGUCACCACCUGGCUCUUUGUGGACCUCAUCGCCGCUCUGCCCUUUGACCUGCUGUACGCUUUCAACGUCAGUGUGUACUUCGGAGUCCACUUGUUGAAGACAGUUCGGCUGCUGCGGCUGCUGCGACUGCUGCAGAAGCUGGAGCGCUACUCCCAGUACAGCGCCGUGGUGCUUACGCUGCUCAUGUCCAUGUUCGCUCUGCUGGCUCACUGGAUGGCCUGUGUCUGGUACUUCAUCGGCCGCAGAGAGAUCGAGAAUCCCGGCUCCUGGGACAUUGGUUGGCUCCAUGAGCUGGCGAAGCGCCUGGGUACCCCCUACCUUCCGCCCUCCCUGACAGCACACGUCCCCACCACAGUUAGCAGUCUCCCAGCUAACAGCAGUCAGUGGAAUGUGCCAGGGUCAGAGGUCACAGGACAGGGAAGCUGGAACUCCAGCCAAGACUAUGGGAAUAUGUCCGUGGGCAAAGGCAUGCCUGGGGCAGGAGGUUUCAGGGGCGGCCCCUCGAUGCGAAGCAGCUACGUGACCUCUCUGUACUUCGCUCUGAGCAGUCUGACCAGCGUGGGCUUUGGAAACGUGUCAGCCAAUACAGACUCUGAGAAGAUUUUCUCCAUCUGCACCAUGCUCAUAGGAGCGCUGAUGCAUGCUGUGGUGUUUGGUAAUGUGACCGCCAUCAUCCAAAGGAUGUACUCGCGCCGCUCGCUGUACCACACCCGCACCAAGGACCUGAAGGACUUCAUCAGGGUCCACCGGCUGCCUAAGACUUUGGAGCAACGCAUGUUGGAGUGUUUCCAGACCACCUGGUCAGUCAACAAUGGGAUAGACGUCAGUGAGCUACUGAAGGACUUCCCAGAUGAGCUGCGGGCUGACAUCGCCAUGCACCUGAACAAGGAGUUGCUUCAACUACCGCUGUUUGAGUCAGCCAGCAGGGGCUGCCUGCGCUCUCUCUCCCUCAUCAUCAAAACCUCCUUCUGCGCUCCUGGAGAGUUCCUCAUCCGGCAGGGUGACGCCCUGCAGGCCAUCUACUUCGUCUGCUCAGGGUCGAUGGAGGUGCUAAAGGACAACACUGUGUUGGCAAUUCUUGGUAAAGGAGACCUGAUCGGCUCAGACUCGCUAACAAAGGAGCAGGUAAUUAAGACCAACGCCAACGUGAAGGCCCUGACGUACUGUGACCUGCAAUACAUCAGCCUGAAAGGUCUCCGCGAGGUUCUCCGGCUCUACCCUGAGUAUGCUCAGAAGUUUGUCAGUGAGAUCCAACACGACCUCACGUACAAUCUGCGAGAGGGCCACGGGGCUGACAUGGACUGGGAGAGCAACGGCGGCCUGGUGAAAAAGCUGCCAUCCAUCCGAGAGGAUGAGGAGGGUGAUGAGGAGCAGAGCACCGUGUCUCAUGCUCCUCGUUCCCCCCUGCACCUCAGCAGAGGUCUGUGCUCCCCCCUGCGCUCCCCCCUGCUGCCUCCACGGGCUUUCCGCAAUCCCUCUGAGCACUUGCGGCCCUCUACCCUACAAAUACCAGUGGUUAGCUUCAGCAGCGCACCACCUGAUCUCAGCCCCAGAUUUGUGGAUGGCAUCGAAACUGAGAGCAAUUCCACGUCCUCACAGAAGUUUGAGUUUAGCCCCAGCCUGUCACCUGCAGCUCCACCUUCCCCAUACCUAGGGAUCCGUGAGGACACUGAGAUUAAACAGAACAUGUCUCGGCUCACAGAGGAGAUGAGCAGUCUCUCUAAACAAGUGUCCAAACUCAGUCAGGAACUGCAGGAAAUGGCUCGUCUUCUUAAGCCCCUCCUCCAAGCUGCACCUCAGCCAAUCGAAGCGAGCAUGGUGCCAAACCUAACCCAACCUCAGAGCAGCACCACCACCUGCUUUGUGGCUCCACCCCCAGCUGUGGUCUGCUCCCCCCAUAGACCAGACAGCCGUUCCCUGUUGGACAGUGGGGACACUGAGGGUGUGGGACUGCCAGGAUGCCUUCUCCCCACUCAUUCACCACAAAGGCCUGACUCUUCUCUGUCAGCAUCAGCACCGCCCCUGUCCAACGUGACAGGGGUGGACAUAGAGAGAACUGUUGGCUCACACCUGCCCUCCACUGAGGAGGGACGUCUGAGGGGAUCUGUGGUCGCACUAAGUCCCCACACCUCCCCCGGUAACACCAUGCUUCUACCCUCUCUGAAGGGUCAGCCUCCUCUAGUCUCUCACACUCCAUCACCAUCUCGGUCCUUUUCCAUGUCUCUGUCCUCCUCACCAUCGCUGUCCCCCUGCCAAGGUCCCCACCCCUCUCGACCUGCCAGCUUCACCAGCAGAAGUCUACUGCCCCCACCUCCUUCCCAAGAGAACCCCCCUCCUCCAUCAUCCCACUGCUCAGCACCCCCGUCGCUCGCAUCCUCCCCCGGAGGUCACCAGCUUAGGUUUUCCCCAUCUGUCCCCGUCUCAUCCCUCACGUUGCCCCUCCAUCCCUCCACCCUGUCCUUGUCUUUGGACUUUGGGAUCACGCGGAGACAAGACACCCAGACACCACCUCGGUGUAACUCACAGAGGUGUCACGUGGCGGCGAGAGCCAGCACGAAUCCCCAGGAGGUAGAGAUGCAGGAGUGGAGACAUCAGUCAUCCGAGCAGAAGCCCUCCACCGAGGACAUCAGCUUCAUCGAUGAGGAUGAACCUGCAUUGUGAAUCAGUACGUUACACAAGAGAAUGAAGCGGCGAAGACAGCAAGGAGGUCGUCAAAGCUGGAAGAGAAACCGAUCUGAAGCUGCCCACUGGUCAGAACAGGCAGGUAAAAACAAAACAUCUGGGAGGCUGUCAGCCAAUCGGAGAGAAGGAGCUGUCUAAUCAACAACCAGCACAAAACUGAGUGGACAACACAGCCACACCUACAGGACCAGAGCAUAUCUUCAUGUCCAAAUCCCUGCAAAGCUCCUGUCAGCUAGCUGAAGUCACCAUGUCAGGUUCCAACACUCACCCCCGAGCAGGAAGUGUCCUAACCCAAACCACGGAAUCCAAGCUAGCGCUUGGGAUCUGGAAUGUAAGUCCUUUGUUCAGUCUCAUCAGGUCACCUCACCUGGAAGUCCUCCGAGCUUUUCACCAGACAGAGAACAGCUGUGAGCGAGCGGUGAGGUCUGGACGAGUCGUCGUUUUGAUCGCCAAAGAGAAAGGCCACGUUUUUGAGAACGCUCGUGUCACAAUGCCCCCCCCCCCCCC